AACAACCUUCACACCCCUCCUUUUACAACACCCAACCACCCAACCUUCAAGCCAAUUUCGGCUAUUUUCAAAAUUUGUUAUCAAUGGACGCUCCUCCUCAAUCCCCCGCCUUCGACCCAUAUGCUUUUCGUGCCCCACAAGUUCCAUCACGAGGAAAUGUCGAACGUCCUCUACGUAUUUACGACGACGAGGACGAUGAGGUAGUGCCCGAAACUCAAAAUUUGGGCGACGAGGACGAGAACGAGGAUGAUGAAUAUAACGUGGAUGAAGACGCGGGCAACGAAGAAGAUGACGCUCGGGAUAAAAAUGGAAAAACGAUGAGCGAAAAAUGGACAAAGGUCCAAGAAGAGGCGUUGGCGAAGGCGUGGGUACAUUGCUCUACCAACAAAAAGAAGGGCAAUCAACAAAACCACGAUAGUUUUUGGCGUAAAAUUUUAGAUCAUUUUAACGCCACCGUCGGCGGAAGUAACCGGACCGUGCAUCAAGUACGGUCUAAAUGGAACCCGAUGAAAGCGAAAAUAAACUUUUUCAACGGCCUAUACCAACAAGCGGAUCGCACACGAGGAAGCGGAUGUAAGGAUCUCGACGUGAUGAAAGUCGCGUUAACAUAAUUUAAAGAGAGAUUUUCGAACGGUUUUCAACAUGUCGAGGCGUGGGAGGUCGUUCGAAAACACGACAAAUGGGCCCAAGUCCCAUUGUUGGGUGAGGAAGGUGAAGGUUCGGCACAUAAAAGAAAGCCCGUUGACGUGGACCCUUCGAUACCGAAUAUGAACGAAGACCCCUCGCCACAAAGACCACAACGGCGAGACAAGCGUCAAGCGUCAAGCGACAUCGUCCGAGGGAAGCUCGGCCGAGUUGGCGGCACAAUUCAAAGAGUACACCGCCAUGAAAGAAGCGAAGCAAGCGAUGGAAUUGGAGGCGAUCUAAUUGAGGAAGAAAAGAGAGUCGGAGGCUCGCGAGCUCAUAUCGGAACAACGCGAGACGAUGAAAAACUACAAUUACGAUCGAGAUAUGAAAACAUUCCUCAAGCCGCACGACGAUGCUCCGCCAAAUAUGUUGCCGUUCAUCCUCGCCUGAAAGCGCGAAAUCGCUGACCAUGCGAUUUCUAAAAUUUUUAUUUUCUAGUUUUAAUGUAAUUUUUAUUUUCUAGUUUGAAUGUAACUUUUAUUUUCUAGUUUGAAUUUAAUUUUUAUUUUUA